AGUUCAGUCUGCACUGCCAGCCCCGACCUAGGUUUUCUUUUGUGUUUUGCUUGCAACCCCCACCCACGAAAGAAAAUUUUCACUGUCACUCUUCUUUCUGGUCGCUUCCGCAGCAGCUUUGUCCCCGGAGAACAACAGGAGAUCCAGUGGGCUUUACGUACAGCCAACGACGGUAGCCAGCAACGGCCUGAAAAUUGUGAAGAUACGCAAAAGCAAGAAAAUGAGCUACAAUGAGAAACCCGAAGCCAUCAGCAAGGAGGAAUGGCUCCAGCGCCUGGAGCAGUUCCCCUUCAAGCAGGCGGACAUGAAUCGCCUGAUUAUGAACUACUUGGUCACUGAGGGCUUCAAGGAGGCUGCCGAAAAGUUCCAGCACGAAGCCGACCUCGAGCCGAGCGUGGAGCUGAACAGCCUCGACGACCGCAUCCUCAUUCGUGAGGCGGUGCAGGCGGGCCGGGUCGAGGAGGCCACCCACCUGGUGAAUCAGUUGCACCCCGAGCUGCUAGGCGGCGACCGCUACUUGUUCUUUCACUUGCAGCAGCUGCAGCUAAUCGAGCUGAUUCGCGCCGGCAAGGUGGAGGAGGCCCUGGCCUUCGCCCAGAGCAAGCUUUCGGAGUCCGGCGAGGAGGCCAUGUUCGAGCUGGAGCGCACCCUGGCCCUGCUGGCCUUCGAGAAGCCCCAGGAGAGUCCCUUCGCCGACCUCCUCGAGCAGUCCUAUCGGCAGAAGAUCGCCAGCGAGCUCAAUUCGGCUAUCUUGCGGUGUGAGCACAGCGAGGACUCCACGCCAAAGAUGAUGUUCCUCUUGAAGGUCAUCCUCUGGGCCCAGUCCAAGCUCGACAGCCGCUCCAUCAGCUACCCUAAGAUGAAGAACCUCGAGACGGCGCACCUCGAUCCCAAGGAGCAGUAGUAGUCUCUUCGUUGCCGCCGCCGCCGCCGCGCAGUUAAUACACACUUCUAUUGUAUCUUUUUUUUAAAUAUGUAUGUAUGUAUGCAGUAUAGGAUUUACGCAGUGUUUAAGAAGUAAAUAAGUUAAAGGAACGGGCCGUCUCCUGGCCACAAAAAAA